AUGACAAUCCGGAAAGAACAAGCAGCCUACAUUGCUCAGCAUAUCUCCGAUCUUCAGCAACAAAACCCGAACGCUGAUUUCAAAGCCAGCGAGCAAUGGUGGACUCCAAGCGUCGACCUUGGUGCCGAUCUACAAGAGUCUCUCGGCCCAGUAACAAACAGUCAACUAGAAGCAUGUAUCGCAAAGGCGUUUGAACGCAAAUGUUCACCGGAAGCUAUGACCGAGGCACGCGGAGAAGCGAAGACGAUUCUUGCUGAAUACCCUGACAUCUUGGAGCGGGUUAAUACUAUGAUCUUCAGAAAUGAACAGCUAUGGGCUCAGAAUGAGCGAGGGAGGAAAUUUUUUACCAGCCCUGGCAUCCUGAAUGAGAAUAUGCCAAUGCUUAAUGAGUCGGGUUAUCAUGUCUUGGCUCCGUCAACGGUACCAGUAAAGGGUGGUAAAUUCCGUGCAUUGGAUGGACACCCGGGUUAUACGGAAAACAUUGCCCAGAUUGAGAACCCAGAGGUUAUUGUCGAACAAUACCGCCAUUCAGUCCAACUGGCCAAAGAGGCUGACUUUGAUGGAAUCAAGUUGCUGUCACAAGGUUGA